AGAGCCCGAGCUGUCCAGGAACCUUUCGCUUCCCGUUUACUUAGCUAAGGGUGGUCAGAGGAGAUUAGCAUGGCUGCACAGCAGUUGUCUUGGAUAGUAAAUAUUUUUACGACAACAACUACUGCAUGUGCGCUAGCUUCUGCCCCGUCCUGACCGCCAUGGCCCCGGUAGUCUCGACGGUUGAGUGACAAUCCACCUCGACUACUGCGAACCCUGCCCGGGAAAUUGUGGACCUGCAAACAUUAAUGGAGCAGUUGAAGAAUUUGACAAGCAUCGUCAACCACCUCCGCGACGAGAACCAACGACUUUGCCAGGCGCAGGAGAGGCAUCCAGAGGAGCUGGGCGACGAUGCACGAAGCGAGGUGGGUGAGCAGCAACCGUCACCAGUGGAGCUGGCAUGACUAGCAGCAACAGCCCCGCGCUCGACAAGUGGCGGCGUAAGAUAUCAGCAACCCACUCCUUUCGACCUUGCUAAUAAAGGCGUGACGGUGCGGCAGUGGAUAUUCGCCAUGAAUAUCUAUUUUAACGCGGCGGGCAUCAGAGACGAUCAGAAACGGAUCAGCCACGCGUUAACACUAUUGCAAGGAGCCGCCCUAUAGUGGUGGAAGGUCAUCGUCGACUCAGCGGCAACUCGCACAGAAGGACAGCACGAGUGGUCCGAAGAAUUCGGCGACGAAGACGAGGCAGAUCUGUUGUUCGGAGUGACCCACAUUCGCACGUGGGCAACGUGGUGCGCAGAGCUUCGCAAGUAGUUUGAGCAUGCUCCUGACUCAGACAAGGCACGCGAAACUCUACGCAUGUGGAAGCAGCUAGGAUCUGUGUCCGAGUACACCGCGUCAUUCCUGACGUUGGUGGACAGAUGUGGCUACAUGCACGAGUUGGAGAAGGUUGACAGGUACAUGGGCGGCUUGAAGCCUGAAAUACAGUACCAGAUAAAACUGCAACGCCCUGCGAAGCAGUUACAAGACUACAUUCAGCUUUAGGGGUUGGCACGUCGCCACCCGUCCUUCGCAUCUCCAUACGAAGUCAUCACCGACGCUAGCGACAUCGCCAUCGGCACAGUUCUUCUACAUGAUUUCGGCGAAGGAUUACAGCCGGUCGCCUACAAAUCACGGAAGCCACUGGGCGCAUAAAAAAAUUACACGGUACACGACAAGGAAAUAUUGGCGAUCGUCCACGCGUUCAAAAUCUGGCGAUGCUACCUGACAGGUCCCUCUAGUACCUGCGAGCCCAACCGAAUCUCAACCCCUGACAAACCAGAUGGCUCGAUUUCCUCGAGUCAAACUUCCACUACACCAUCACCUACAAACGGGGUGCCAACAACAUUGCUAAUGCCCUGACCCGACCCACUGCCCAUACAGCCGCCAUACUAGUUGCCCAGACUAGCCCACUCCUUACAGGACUAUUUACCCACGGCUACAAGAUCGACCCCUUCUUCCGCUCCGCCAUUCACCAACAGCAUACUACCGCUACCGGACACUUCUUUAAUAAGCUCGACACUUCCCGCAUCUGGGUUCCCGGCUACGAUUUAUUUCGUGCCCUUCUUAUCCAGGAACUCACGACAACCCUACCUCUGAGCAUUUCGGAGUCGACAAAACCAUGAAAACGUUGCAGCGUAAUUAUUACUGGCCGAACAUGGCCGACAACGUGCUUAAGUACGUGUCCUCCUGCACCGCCUACCAGAUCAUGAAAUCAUCCCAUCAGCGAGAAGCCGGACUCCUACAGCCGUUGGAUCCGCCGAGAGACCUUGGCAACUCGUCACGAUGGACUACGUGACAGGAUUGUCGGCCGGUCCCAGCGGAAACGACGCCAUCCUCGUGGUCGUUGACCGACUCACGAAAAUGGCGCACUUCAUCGCCAGCCAACAGAAAUUACAGCUGAGCAAACUGCCCCAACUGUUCAUCGCCAACGUCACCAGACUGUACGGACUGCCCACCGCCAAUUCACAUCGAAUUUCUGAAACCCAAAACCCGAAUUUAUGAAACCCGAAUUUCAGACCGAGACCUGAAAUUCUCAUCGAAUUUCUGGCGCCACCUGUGGGACCAAUUCGGCACCAAACUACAGUUUUCCUCAGCCUACCACCCACAGACUGACGGGCAGACCGAACGAGUCAACCAAACUAUGGAGCAACUCAUACGGACUACCUACACUGACCCACAAACAUGGGAGAAAUCCCUUCCGCUGCUGGAAUUCGCGUAUAAUAACGUGCCUUCCGCCACAACUCAUCAAUCCCCAUUUUUCCUCAAUUAUGGACAAGACCCAGUGGUACCCUCUACACCAAACAUUGAGACACCAGUGACAUGGUCCCAGAGAUUUGCCGAAGACAUCCUCGCAGCCCGAGAAAAAGCAGCCGAGGCAAUCCGGAAAGCCAACUUGGUCGCAAGCCGACAAGUCGAUCGUUAUCGACGUGACGCCACUUACAAAGUGGGAGAUCUCGUACUCAGGGCUGAUUUUAUCAGACUAUUUUAGUCUGAAUGUCUGAUAUUUCACACCCAUUUUUUUGCCAAUCCUGAUUUUUCAGACUUAGGCUUUUCUGGAUACUGAACCCUUCAGAGUUGUAUGAUUUUGGAUCCUGAAGUUUUCAGAGUAGUCGUUGUGCGGAUACUGAGGUUUCAGAGUACAUCGCGUAUGGACUCUGAAUGCGACAUCCAUGCACCUUGUACUUUCCCUGAGAUUUCCUCUACUACGUCAUAUGCUGCCUUCCAUCAUUUCACCCCCGCACGUCUCACGUGCAGUAUGUGCACUUCGCAGGAUUCCCGACCCUUCUGUAACUGUGAUGCUGCCUCAACAGGGACUUUGCCGCUCAGCGCGUCAUGCAUCCUGCCAGGCGUGCCUGCUAAGGACCUCUACAUGGGUGUACUGGAAGCCAUCAAAGGCUGGUAACGCGGGAAACUUGCCCUCGCUGGCAUGUGCAAAACUGACGACGAGGGUUAACCAAGAAACACGCGCCUCGGGCUUGAUGGUGCCCUUCUUCUUCGUCCCUCUCAUCCCCCACCCUCCUCUCAGGCGCACUCAGGCUUUUAGACGGGGUCUGUAAAUCUUACUCCUCAAUUCGUGUUUCGGAGUUGUCCUCCUCACGUAGGUUCUCGUUUGUCGGCCCCGUCAACAACCAUGACGGGGACUCCUGCAAAAGAAGACGACGAGCCCAGCGCCGAUGAACCACCUCAUAGUAACGAGCCUGCAGAGGUUCGUCGCUCCGCGAUAGACAUACUGCGGUCGUUAGGUUCUCCUCCCGUCGUUGCUGUUAUGGUUUCCUCUGCAGCGGAGGAAACCCAGCCUGCUCUAAACCCACCUCCGUCUGCGCCCUUCGUGCCACCACCAUAUGUCCCUCCGCCUGCCGUUGCCUCAUCAAGCAGAGGCCCGACUCUGCCCGUUAACUGCGUCACCGCCACCACAGUCCGCUACAGCGUGCCCUGCGCGUCCACGAUUGCAUCUGCGAAGAAACAACGGACGGGCAAGUACACCCAGUCUCAAAUCAUGAUCGGAGGUAGGCUCCGCCACCCGUCCACGCCGCCAUCACCUAGUGCAAUCCCUGUCGUCGUUGAACCGCCACUGCCAAAGCUGAGUAAAAAGGAAUUGAUUGA